UAAAAACCAAAACAAACUCAUUAUGUAUCUGCGCAAACCUUUGUGUGUAUGAAUAAACCUGAAUCUAAUUCGCCAAUAAGAAGCGAGAAGGGAAGCUGUUUUUUUCACUUCCGGCUAGCAGUUGUGGCUUCACCGCUCUGUGUUCUGCAGUAAAGGAGGAGGGUUGAACCGGCUGCCCAGCUCCUCCUCGUGUCUCCGAUGGCGUGUGUACUGCGUGUGGUUGCCACCAGCUGCUCCAGCCCUCUCUUCACUCGACUGGCCUCUGUCCGAACUUCAAAAGUACCAUGUGUGCGCUUCUUCAGGACUCACCAGGCUCUGGCUCGCUCUGCUAGCCUAGGGAUUCCUUACAAACAGCUGACAGUCGGCGUUCCUAAGGAGAUAUUUGAGAAUGAGCUCCGGGUGGCACUCUCGCCCGCAGGGGUGGAUGCUCUCGUCAAGCAGGGCUUCAAUGUAGUGGUCGAGUCUGGUGCCGGAGAGUCCGCCAAGUUCCCUGAUGAGCUGUACUCCAAAGCCGGAGCCACCGUCAAGGGAGUUAAAGAUGUGCUGUCCUCUGACAUUGUGGUUAAGGUUCGUGCCCCCAUGCUGAACCCAGCUCUGGGUGUACAUGAGACAGACCUGAUGAAGGAAGGUGCCACUCUGGUGAGCUUUAUCUACCCGGCUCAGAACACAGAGCUGAUGGAUCGUUUGUCUAAGCGCAAGACCACAGUGUUGGCUAUGGACCAGGUGCCCCGUGUCACCAUCGCUCAAGGUUAUGAUGCCCUCAGCUCCAUGGCCAACAUCGCUGGAUAUAAAGCCGUGGUCCUGGCAGCGAACAACUUUGGGCGCUUCUUCACCGGACAGAUCACCGCUGCAGGAAAAGUUCCCCCUGCUAAAGUGCUCAUCAUUGGAGGGGGCGUAGCCGGACUGGCUGCUGCAGGAACUGCCCGAGCCAUGGGUGCCAUCGUCAGGGGCUUUGACACAAGAGCUGCAGCCUUGGAGCAGUUUAAGUCUUUGGGAGCCGAGCCGCUGGAGGUGGACAUAAAGGAGUCUGGAGAAGGCCAGGGCGGCUACGCUAAAGAGAUGUCCAAGGAGUUCAUCGAGGCUGAGAUGAAGCUGUUUGCCAAACAGUGUUUGGACGUCGAUAUCCUCAUCAGCACCGCACUUAUCCCGGGUCGUAAGGCUCCGGUGCUCAUCAAAAAGGAGAUGGUUGAGACCAUGAAGGACGGCUCUGUGGUGGUGGAUCUGGCUGCUGAGGCAGGCGGCAACAUCGAGACCACGGUCCCUGGACAGCUAACAGUUCACAAAGGUGUGACCCAUAUUGGCUUCACGGAUCUUCCAAGUCGCCUUCCAACUCAGUCUAGUACCUUGUACUCCAACAACAUCACCAAGCUCAUCCGUGCAAUCAGCCCAGACAAGGAGAACUUCAACUUCGAGGUGAAGGACGUCUUCGACUACGGAACCAUGGACCACGUCAUCAGGGGUACAGUCGUUAUGCAGAAUGGAAAAUCACUUUUCCCUGCACCGCAGCCCAACAACAUCCCCGUGGCAGCACCUCCCAAAGUCAAAAGCGUGCAGGAGCUGGAGAAAGAGAAGGCUGCAGCCGUCUCGCCCUUUACAACCACGCUCACCACCGCCGGCGUCUACACUGGAGGUCUUGCUACACUGAUGGGACUUGGACUCUGCGCACCCAAUGCUGCUUUCACUCAGAUAGUGACUACCUUUGGACUGGCAGGACUUGUGGGAUAUCAUACUGUAUGGGGGGUCACGCCUGCCCUGCAUUCUCCUCUCAUGUCUGUGACAAACGCCAUCUCUGGUCUGACUGCUGUCGGUGGGCUCUCACUGAUGGGUGGAGGAUACCUCCCGAACAACACGGCAGAAACCCUGGCCGUACUCGCCGCCUUCAUCUCCUCAGUCAACAUCGCUGGUGGUUUCCUGGUCACUCAGCGGAUGUUGGAUAUGUUCAAACGGCCCACAGACCCCCCAGAGUAUAACUACCUGUACCUGCUCCCGGCUGGCGCCUUCGUGGGAGGCUAUGGAGCAGCUCUGCACAGCGGCUACAACAUAGAGCAGAUGAUGUACCUGGGCUCUGGUUUGUGCUGUGUUGGUGCUUUGGGAGGUCUGUCCACUCAAUCCACAGCACGCCUGGGUAAUGCCCUGGGUAUGAUUGGAGUGGCAGGUGGCAUUGCAGCAACUCUGGGCGUCUUGAAGCCAUCCCCAGAGCUCCUGGGCCAGAUGAGUGCUGCCAUGGCUGUGGGUGGCACUGCUGGUUUGACUAUCGCCAAGAAGAUCCAGAUUUCAGAUCUGCCUCAGUUGGUGGCUGCUUUCCACAGUCUGGUCGGUUUGGCCGCCGUACUCACCUGCGUGGCGGAGUACAUGGUGGAGUAUCCGCACUUCGCCACAGACCCUGCCGCCAACCUCACCAAGAUUAUUGCAUAUCUGGGCACAUACAUAGGCGGCGUCACCUUCAGCGGUUCCCUAGUUGCAUAUGGCAAACUGCAAGGUCUUCUGAACUCUGCCCCGCUCAUGCUCCCAGGCCGUCACGCUUUGAACGCCUGCCUCAUGGCUGCCAGCGUGGGAGGCAUUGUGCCCUACAUGCUGGACCCCAGCUACACCAUGGGCCUCACCUGCCUCGGCUCGGUUUCUGCCCUUUCGGCCAUCAUGGGGGUGACUCUAACUGCAGCCAUCGGUGGAGCAGACAUGCCUGUGGUCAUCACAGUGCUGAACAGCUACUCAGGCUGGGCUCUGUGUGCUGAGGGCUUCCUGCUCAACAACAACCUGCUCACCAUCGUUGGAGCUCUGAUCGGCUCAUCUGGAGCCAUCCUGUCCUACAUCAUGUGUGUGGCUAUGAACCGCUCACUGGCCAACGUCAUCCUCGGUGGCUAUGGAACCUCCUCCACCGGCACUGGUAAACCCAUGGAGAUCACGGGCACCCAUACCGAGGUCAAUGUAGAUCAGACUGUGGAGAUGAUCAAGGAGGCGCAGAACAUCAUCAUCGUCCCAGGUUAUGGUCUGUGUGCAGCUAAAGCGCAGUAUCCCAUUGCUGAUCUUGUCAAGUCUCUGACUGAUCAUGGCAAGACAGUCAGGUUCGGCAUCCACCCCGUCGCUGGGCGCAUGCCCGGGCAGCUGAACGUGCUGUUGGCUGAAGCCGGCGUGCCAUACGACGUUGUUCUAGAGAUGGACGAGAUCAACCACGAUUUCCCUGAAACCGACCUGGUGCUGGUCAUCGGAGCCAACGACACCGUGAACUCGGCUGCACAGGAAGACCCCAACUCCAUCAUUGCUGGAAUGCCAGUGCUGGAAGUGUGGAAGUCAAAACAGGUCAUCGUGAUGAAGAGGUCUCUGGGUGUAGGCUACGCAGCCGUGGACAACCCCAUCUUCUACAAAACCAACACCUGUAUGCUUUUAGGAGACGCCAAGAAGACGUGCGACGCAUUGGCCGCUAAAGUUCGUGAAGGUUAACAGCUAAGCUCCAGAGCACUGGCCUUCUGUGAGGGAAGAAAAAUCGCUGCGCCCUGUGGAAAGGGAACAGGGUGUACAAAUUGAAAAUAAUACCCCAUAGACAAAGUAGAAACGAAGCUCCACUUCCUUCCACACUCCGAUGUGUUUUUUUUGUUUGUUUUUUCUUUUCAUUCUCCUUUUCUGAAGAUUUUUAGUUUUUACAGUUUUGCCUAAUUCAUUUAUACCUAGAAGGUAAAAAAAAACAACAACCCCAAAGCAUUAACAAUUCAUCAGUAGGAGCUAAGCACAAAUUGUCAGGGAUUUCUUUUUUAUUUAUUUUUUAAAACAAUCAUCUGUUUAUCGAUCAUUUUAAGCCAUAGGUUUUCUUAGAAGCAUAAUGCAUAAUAAUGUUUAAGUGACCAGCUUCUGAAGGUGUGAAAGAUGGGAUGUUGAAGGGCAUGUGUGUGGGUUUUUUUCCCCCCUUGCCUCAUUGAGGAGUCAUGGAUUGCCAAGGAUCAAAAAUUCAAGGAUCAAUACUAGAAAAAUAGAAAUAGCCCGAUCAUUUUUUUUGUUUGUUUCAGUGAGAUUUAUCCUUCCGGUUAAUUCAGUAUACAAAUGUCAGGUUGAUGUUCAGGUCUAAUCUCAUGCUGGGUCGUGUCUUGUUUCCGACCCCCAUGUGCCAAGUCAAUACACGGGGCUUUUGCUUGGCAUUUUAUGACUGCUGUUAAUAACAGAGCAUUAUAAUGAAGUCCACAACAGACCCUACCUCUCGACAGUAUUAAACCCAAUCAAUCAAUCCCACCUGUAACGAAGACCGUUGCCAAGCAAAUGAUUUUAUGUAAUGGCAGCAGCAUUAACACACCCGGCUUGUUCCACUGGUUUAGACUGGAGGUCUGCUUAAAUGUGUCUACACCAGUUCAUAUAACACCUGGCCUUUUUUUUUUUUCUUUUCCCUUUCAAUCCAGCAGCUAAAUAAAGACAAGAACAAGCAAUAAAACAAUCAAGAUGUAGGAAAUGAAUUGGAUAAAAAAAAAAAUUAAAAACCUAGAUGGUUUCUCUUUGAUAUGCAGAUGAUGUUUUCACUCCAGUUUUUGCUGUUUAUGUAGAAAUACUGAAGCUCUUAAAUACUACUCGUGCAAAAUGUGAAGAGAAGUGAAUGUUGAAGAGAAACAUUUAUCACAGUUUUACAUGAAACACGUUAAUGACGUACUGUGAAGUGCUUCUUUCUCUCUCUCUCUCUCUCUGCAAUUCAUCAUGAAACAUCACUCCUAAUAAACAUCUAGAUUUCAACAAAAAAAA